AGAUGCUGAUUGGAUUAUCAGGUUAUUUAACGGGAUAUGAUGGCAAAUUUGCAUUUGACAAACCGGGAGAUAAAUAUGAAAAUACUUCAUAUCUAGGAAUGAGAUUGUUUUGUACGGCGCUUGGAGCAACCGUAGUUCCUCUGACAUUCCUGACAGUCGAGGAAAUGACACAUAGUGUAAAUUCAGCAUUAUAUGCCUCGCUGCUUAUAUUGUUUGAUGUUGGUCUGAUAACUUUAACUCAAUACAUUCUUCUUGAUCCUUUAUUGUUAUGCUUCAUGAUGGGAUCCAUAACUGGAGCUGUGAAGCCUCUUCAGAUAGAAUACCAGAAUUCUCACCUAAAUGGUGGUUGUGGUUAAUAUUUACAGUACCCGUCGUGGCUUCACACAAUGGCACGGAUUCAAGAGGUGCAACUUCCAAUUGCCGCACAUAGAUCCAUAAAUUAUAGCAGGAUGGUGCUGUGUACUAAAAAUCAAGCGUCAUAAUAAUAUUCUGCGUGAACCUAUUGAGGGCAGAGGCAUCUCUUGCAAAGGUGACAAGCUGGCGACCAAAAUCCUACGACUCGAUGGCAUUAAAUUCAAAUUCUUUAUUUAGGUAGUAUGCUGGCAUGCUGCAUUUCAGUGAAGUUUGUUGGUUUAUUCGUAAUUUUAUUAAUUGGAUUCAUGACUGUAGUAGAUUUAUGGAAUAUACUGGGUGUUAUGACGAGACCCGUGAUGGAUACAGUAAAACAUCUUAUUGCUAGAGCGAUCUGCCUGAUCAUACUGCCGAUAUGCCUCUACAUGAUAUUUUUCUACAUUCACCUAAAAGUUCUCAACAAAAGUGGUAACGGAGAUGGAUUUUAUAGUUCUGCAUUCCAGUCACAACUUAUAGGCAACAGUCUUCAUAAUGCUAGUAUGCCUCAGUAUGUAGCGUAUGGUGCAGUAAUAACUUUGAAAAACCACAGAACGGGUGGGGGAUACCUUCAUUCCCAUUUUCAUCUGUAUCCAGAGGGAGUAGGAGCUAGACAGCAACAGAUUACUACGUACACACAUAAGGAUGACAAUAAUAAGUGGAUAAUAAAGAACUAUAAUGAAGAACCAAAUGUAAAUACAGUGCAAAUAGUGAAAAAUGGGGAUCUUGUCAGAUUUGAACACAUACCUACAAGAAGAAAUCUGCAUUCUCAUAAGGAACAAGCACCUAUCACAAAGAAGCAUUAUCAGGUUACUGGAUAUGGCGAAAAUGGCACUGGCGACGCUAAUGACGUUUGGAGAUUAUCCAUUACAAACGUAGCAGAAGGAGGAGAACUGCAAGCCGUUAGACAUAAAAUAAAAUUAAUCCAUUACUUACAACAGUGCCUGCUGACGACCAGCGGUAAACAGCUACCGAAAUGGGGAUAUGAACAACAAGAAGUAUCUUGUAAUCCACAUCUAAGAGAUGUUAAUGGAUUAUGGAACAUAGAGGAGAAUUACUUCGAAAAGUUGCCAAAUGUUAGUUUUGAGGUAUAUGCUCCGAGUUUCCUUGAAAGGUUUUUGGAGUCGCAUGCUGUUAUGUUCCAAGGAAAUUCAGGACUGAAACCUAAAGAGGGUGAAAUUACAUCCAGGCCUUGGCAAUGGCCUAUAAAUUACAGGGUGAGCUAAAAUCAGUACCAAUGAUGUUUGGAAACAAGCCAUUCAAAAUGGAGUGACAAUAUCUCUAGGGAACAAAGUACUAGUAUAUUCGAAGAAACAAAAAACUCGACUACAGUGACUGAAGUUUUACUUGUGCUUUCACGAUAAAUCUAAAGGCUCCUCAAUUGUCAAAAUCCAUUUAGCCAUUGAUGAAUGGUUUUGAAAUUUGCGUUUAAAAUUCCCACUUCCAUUUUAUAAAAUUUUAUGUACACACUGUUACUCGAACGGUCAAGACAAACAUGGAGAAGCCUCAUAUCAAAAUCGAUCAAGCCGUUUAAGCUGUAGCCGUUGAAAAUGAAAUUUCAAAGUUUCUCGUUUAAAAAAUGCCAUUCUGAUUUUAUAAAGGUUUUAAUAUACUCA